AUGUAUACGUCCGGUGCGGAGUUGGGAUCCGUGGCUGCGGAGAGGCGCAGACCAGGCCCUGCGCUGACCCCUGACGACAGAGACAUAUGGAGGGACCCCGGGCGCAUGGGCUGGAGAGAGGCCCGAGACAGCGGCGUGGUGCAGAGCUACAGCUUCGACUCGUAUCAGCUGGAGGAAGAGGAGAUGAGCAAAGACGCCCCUGAGCGAGGAGUGCUGGCUCUGUCUGAACCUGACUUCGAGGAGCCGAUCCCAGAUGACCGUUACCAUGGCAUUUACUUUGCAAUGCUUCUGGCCGGAGUGGGGUUCCUGCUGCCCUACAACAGCUUCAUCACUGAUGUCGACUACCUCCAUCACAAGUUUGAAGGGACGUCCAUCGUGUUCGACAUGAGCCUGACGUACAUCCUGGUGGCUCUGAUGGCGGUGAUCCUCAACAACGUCCUGGUGGAGCGACUGAGUCUGCACACCAGGAUCACCGUGGGUUACAUCUUUGCUCUGGGGCCACUGGUCUUUGUCAGUGUUUUUGAUGUCUGGCUGGAAAAGUUCACCACAAGACAAGCGUACAUCAUAAACUUAGUGUCCGUGGGGGUGGUGGCAUUCGGAUGCACAGUGCAGCAGUCCAGUUUCUAUGGUUACAUGGGGAUGCUUCCCAAGAGGUACACGCAAGGAGUGAUGACCGGAGAGAGCACGGCGGGGGUCAUCAUCUCUCUGUCUCGCAUCUUCACAAAGCUGCUGAUCCCAGACGAGCGCAGGAACACGCUCAUCUUCUUCCUGGUGUCCAUCAGUAUGGAGAUGCUCUGCUUCCUGCUGCACCUGCUCGUACGCCGCUCACGCUUCGUGCGCUACUACACCAGCCUCGCUCAGGGCAAAGCGGCGGGCAAAGGUCAUGACCCGCGAGACAACGGCACUGGGUACAGGGUGCACCAUGACGUCACAGCAGAGGAAGUGCGAUUUGGGAAUGGAGUGACAAUGCCCUCGGACAGACAGACAGAAGAAGGUGUGGAUGACUUUGGAGGAGGAACUUAUGUACGUUUUGAUGCCCCAAAAGCCAACGUCAGGAAAAGCUGGCCUGGACUUCGUGACAUGAUCUUUCACCGGUAUGUGGUGUCGCGGGUGAUAUGGGCCUAUAUGCUGUCCAUCGCAGUGACCUACAGCAUCACACUCUGCCUCUUCCCUGGACUGGAGUCAGAAAUACGCAACCCCACGUUAGGAGAAUGGCUUCCCAUCCUCAUCAUGGCCACUUUCAAUAUGUCCGACUUUGUCGGAAAGAUUCUGGCCGCGGUGCCGUACGACUGGUCUGGGGGCCGGCUGCUGUUCUUCUCCUGCCUCAGAGUGGUCUUCAUCCCUCUCUUCGUCAUGUGCGUGUACCCGGCCAGGGCCCCCACCCUGUCGCACCCUGCCUGGCCCUGCCUCUUCUCUCUGCUCAUGGGCGUCACCAACGGCUACUUCGGAUCAGUGCCCAUGAUCCAGGCGGCGGGGAAAGUGCCUCCGGAGCAGAGAGAGCUGGCUGGAAACACCAUGACAGUGUCGUACAUGACAGGCCUCAUGGUGGGCUCAGCUGUGGCCUACGCUGCCUACAGCUUCACUGCUCCAGGAUCAGGGACACGGCUGCAAACUCUGCACCCUCUGAACGCUACAGGCUUCUGA